GCCAGUCUUCUGAGUCCUCACCAGCGGCCUCUUCCUAAGAAUGUCUGAUUCCAGAGACUAGAAUUCCCUCACCUCAGAGGUGAAGGGCAUUUACUGUGCCGUGAGCUUAUCCAGAGCCCGAAAUUUUCAGGUGGGGAAGCUGAGCUCAGAGAGGUCCAGCUCCGCACAAGAGUCUGGGGCUGCGCAGCUCCCGGCCUGCUGCGCCCGAUCCUUGCUCUGCGCUCCAGCAUGGGCGCAGCUGUGCAGGUGCGCUUUGUCCAUCCGAGUGCGGCCACGGACAGCCCAAGCAGUAGCCAGCCUGCUGUGUCCCAGGCCGGAGCUGUGGUCUCCAAACCCACCACACUUCCCAGCAGCCGGGGCGAGUAUGUGGUGGCCAAGCUGGAUGACCUCGUCAACUGGGCCCGCCGGAGCUCCCUGUGGCCCAUGACCUUUGGCCUGGCCUGCUGUGCCGUGGAGAUGAUGCACAUGGCAGCGCCACGCUACGACAUGGACCGCUUUGGCGUGGUUUUCCGUGCCAGCCCACGUCAGUCCGAUGUGAUGAUCGUGGCCGGGACGCUCACCAACAAGAUGGCCCCUGCACUCCGCAAGGUCUAUGACCAGAUGCCAGAGCCUCGUUAUGUUGUGUCCAUGGGGAGCUGUGCCAAUGGAGGCGGCUACUACCACUACUCCUACUCUGUCGUGCGGGGCUGCGACCGAAUCGUGCCCGUGGAUAUCUACGUCCCAGGCUGCCCGCCCACAGCCGAGGCCCUGCUCUACGGCAUCCUGCAGCUGCAGAGGAAGAUCAAGCGGGAGAAGAGACUGCGGAUCUGGUACCGCAGGUAGUGCUGGCCAUCUGGCCGCCUUGCGGUGUCUGUGUGGGCGUCAUCACGAGAGGUGGUCAAUAAACCUGAUAAACCCA